CAGAAGGAAACGGGAAGAUUAGCGUAUGAUCGUGUUUGAUAGAAGUCCAGAGUCCAGACAAUAAUGAAAUCAAGUGGGUCCAUAUUAUCUACCUGGCUCAGAGAUGAUGGAUAUUCCAGGUCAAGAUAGUUUUCACUUUUUCACCUCAAUCCUCUGCAUCAUAUAUGUAGUAAAAAACCAGACAAUUCUCGUUCUAUUCAUGGAUGAGAAAGUGAUCGAGAUGCAGUAACGUGUCCAGCCACGUUACAGUCACAGAGACAAGCAGCGCCAGUUGUGACAGUGCAUGGAGAACCACUUUUGGCUAUUAAAGGAAGGACAGAACUGAAGCAGCAGGAGAAGUUCAGUGUAACAACACUCUGUAAAGAAGAAUUAAAGAGAGAACAUUAAUAAUGACGACUCGCCCGAACGUCCCCGGCGAACCAACUCAAACCGGCACGGCCUUGCUGGAGACAGCCACCGGCGCCAUCCAAUCCUUUGCACCCAUCAACAAAAUCCACGAACAUCAAUGCGCGUUUCAUUUCUAUGCGUACGACAUGACUCGUCAGGUGGAAUCCCACCACUUCUGUUCUCACCAGAACGAGGAGAUGCGGCAGUGCCUCAUCUAUGACAAGCCCGACGCAGAAGGCCGACUCAUCGGCGUCGAAUACAUGAUAUCGGAAAACUUGUUCCUGGCGCUGCCGGACGAGGAGAAGCCGCUGUGGCACUCGCAUGAGUACGAGGUGAAAAGUGGGGUGCUGUUCUUCCCCGGCGUUCCUGGUCCGGUGCAGAGAAAGGCGCUUGAAACGGUGACCGGCACCUACGGUAAGACCUUUCACUUUUGGCAGGUGGACAAGGGCGACGAGCUUCCUCUGGGUUUGCCCCAGCUGAUGAUGUCUCUAACCAGAGAUGGCCAGCUCUACGAUAGCCUUGCCCAAGGUGCAGACAUAGAGAAGCGUUUCGGGAUAUGUUUCAAAACAGAGAGCGAGAACAGAGCUUACAUGGCAGGACCUAAGCAAGGGAUUCAUCCAUUGGCCAAUGGUGCAGGCAAAGGGCUAAUGACAAAGCUGAGGGAGACGGAUUGCAAGCCAGUGGAUACUGCUGCUGCUUCUGGGGUUGUUUGAGGAAAUCUAAGCACCCAUUCCUAAUUAGGCUUGACUGGACAAGAAAUGGAAUAAAGUCAUAGUUUUUUAACUUUUUUUUCCACUGUAUAAAUAUAUAAAUAUCAUGUAGCUCAUGGAUAGGAUAUUGCUUUAAUUUCUUAGUUUUUUUUUAUAUUAUUAUUAUGAAGCGCUAUGUCUUGGUUCUUCUUAGCUUAAUGGAAUAUUGAUUUUAGGUA